AUGUCGUCCAUCUACCCACCAUCGUUCCCUCGACGCCUCGUCGGCAACUUCGGCCGCGUUGUCGGACUUGCAGGCAUCACUCUCGGCGCGACCUGCACAGGUGUGGGGAUUGUGGCCUACACGGACCAGGGAGCGAGGCGCAACGCCUACUUCUGGGCCAGGGCCUUCCCUGUCUACAUACACUACAGGUCAGUAAGAGCGUGUGUGUGUGUGUGGAUCUGUGCUGGUGGGUGUGAAUGUUGACUGGGUGUCACACAGGUGGACGGAGUGGCUGGUCAAGGACCUGUCAGAGGAGGAGCAAAAUCGACGAUACGAUGCGCUGCACGAGGUACCAGGGGUGGCUGGACACACACACAGUGUCACACCUUCCCCCGCACCACAGCAGAUCUCACUCUCUGUGCGUGUACUGCAGCUGCACGCGCCGAGGAUGGAGGGUAUAGCUCGUCACCUGAAGGGCUUCUACAUCAAGCUCGGCCAGCUCGGCAGCACACGAACAGACUUCCUCGCAGAGUACCUGCCUACUCGUACCCUGCCCUCGCACCCACCCACUCUCUCUCUCUCUCUGUGUGUGUGUGCAGGCCUUAUCUGAAGGUAUGUGAGCGGCUGCAGGACGACUGCCCCACCGAGCCGUUCGAGCGGAUCGUGGACAUCAUCGAGAACAGCCUCGGUCGGACACACACUGAUUGGUUGGCUCAUCUCCAUAUGCAAUGCCCUCUCCCUCCCUGUUUCUGUGUGUGUGUGCAGGCAAGAAGGUUGGUGAGGUGUUCCGUCACGUUGACCACAAGCCGCUGGGGUCAGCGUCGAUCGGCCAGGUCCAUAAGUAAGGACACACUUGCACACCAGACAGACAUCCGCUGAAGGCAGACAGACAUGUGCAUAUCGAUGGUGUGUGUGUGUCUGUGUGGUGCGCAGGGCGGAAUUGCUUGACGGUACCCCGGUUGUGGUCAAGGUGCAGUUCCCCGAUGCUGAGAGGAUGUUCCGCAUCGACAUCAAGACUGCCCAGGACUUCUGCAGGCUCGUGCAGCCCGACCACCUGCCCUUCCUCAAAGGUGCAUGGCCUGGCUGCCGAGCGUACGACACACCAGCCACACUACACAUCACAUACACACCUGUCUGUCUGUCUGUCUGUUUAGAGGUGGAGAAGCAGUUCAUGACAGAGUUCGACUACCGUCGAGAGGCCGAGAACCUGGAUGAGAUCGCCGACAACGUGCUGCCUGUGUGGGGGAGGAAGGUGGUUAUUCCCAGGCCGUUCAAACACCUCUGCACACGGUACGGUGCGGGGCGGUGGGCAGGACACAACACUUGCGUGCGCACAUACCCCCAGCUGUGUGUCUAUGAUACUUUUACGUGUCCAGGGAGGUGCUGGUGAUGGAAUACGUCCCUGGCACGAAACUUGCCGACGCCAUCAAAAGGUCCACACGCGAUGCGACACACACUCAACCAUCCUAGACACAUACAGGUGUAUGUGCGUGUGUGUGUGUGUGUGUGCGUGUGUGUGUGCGUGUGUGCGUGUGUGUGUGCGUGUGUGCGUGUGUGCGUGUGUGUGCGUGUGUGUGUGUGUGCGUGUGUGUGUGUGCGUGUGCGUGUGUGUGCGUGUGCGUGUGUGUGUGUGUGUGCGUGUGUGUGUGUGUGUGCGUGUGUGUGUGUCAGGCAGUACACACACAUAGCUGCUUCGCGCAACAUGACGCUGCAAGAACUGAUCGAGGAGCAGGACCGUAUCGACAGGCAAGCAGGGCAGGCGCCACACACGUGUGGACCCACAUGGAUACGUCUGUCUGUACCAUGCUCUCUCUCAGGGAGCGUGAGUCGAAGGGCCUGGAGAGAGAGGUCGGCCCAAGUGCCCUUCAAUACGCCCUCUGGCAAACACAGGUUGGUACACCCACCCCCACUUUAUGCCAUCGUCUCUCUCUCUGUGUCUGUAUGUGUGUGUGUGUGUCAGGUUGUGUUGCGCAACGCGGCGAUGGGUGUGUGUGUGGCGGCCUACAACUGGACCGUCGGCUGGGUGCUGUCGGCCCUCACGCCCUCUUCUUGGGGGUUUGAGGGGAUUGCCAAGAUACCUCCCGCAAUCAGCGGAUUCCAUGUGUGUAACUAACUGGCUGACACGACGAAGAGAGAGAGAGAGAGAGAUCGUCCCGUCGUAGCACUGGUGUCGACUCGACUCGUGUGUGUGUACGUGUGUGGCUUAGAGGGAGGAGAUGCCGAUAAACAUCCCUCAGAUAUUGGAUGUGCUGAUGAAGGUCCAUGGACACGAGCUCUUCCACGACGGGGCAUUCAACGGAGGUCAGCACAACAUUGCAGUGCAUCCAUAUGUAUGUCUGUGCCAUGCAUCUGCACUGCCUAUGGCGUCUUUGGACGGACGGUGUGAUUGUGUUGUAUGUGUCGCAGAUCCGCACCCUGGCAACAUUCUGCUGACGCCUGACGGCAAGCUGGGCCUCAUCGACUACGGACAAGUCCGCACACGCGCAUACGAAUGGAUGGAUGGCUGCAUCGCGCUCGCCCACACAGGUUGUGUUGUGUUGUGUGUGUGUGUGUGAAUAUGUGCAGGUCAAGCACAUCACUCGCGAGCAGCGUCUGAACCUGGCCCACCUCGUUGUCGCCCUUGCCGAGAAGAACUACCCACAGGCGGCAAAGGUGAGAGAGAGAGAGAGAGAGAGGGAGAGAGAGACAUGAAUGACGCACUUGGGCGCCGAAGCUGAUGCAUGCAUUACCUCAUCAGGUGUUGACCGAGAAGGUAGGUCUGAAGACCAAGAACAGCGAUGAGCGUACACUUGCCCUCCGGGCGCGGAUGCUCUUCGACCGAGACGACAAAACCGUCACCGGCGGAAUGAACGCUCAGGCAUGUACCCACACACACGCACACACACACAUUGAAGAGUAUCUGUCCUAUCUAUGCCCCGUUUGUGUGGUGUGUGGCCAACCAACCGACCACCAGGCGUUCUUCGAGUCUCUCGAGAGGGAAGACCCCCUGGUACACAUGCCCGACGACUACGUCAUGGCGUGGCGUCUGUCGCUGCUGAUGCGUGGGAUGGGGUGGGCGCUGCGGUACCCCAUCUCGACGGCUGAGGGAUGGUACCCCAUCGCCAAACGGCUCAUCGAAGACCAAGACAGAGAGGGGAAGGGCAAAGGCAGAGGCAAAAGGAAGAAGGCCAAGACGAAGACGUGACGCCGGAUGACAGACAGACGACAGUCAGCCGAGAUGAGUGUGUGGUUGUGUGCGGGUGGGUGGGUCAGCUGAGCUCAGCAGCGAAGACGAUCGAGGUCAUUUUAUCUGUGGGUGUGUUGGCCUGUGGUGUGUGAUUUAUGAGGUGCUUGCUUUGCUGAUGUCGAUAAUGCAGAGAUAGAGAGAGACGUCCGCCAUGUUAUGUACACACACAGUCAUUUGUCCGUCCGUCCGACUCGAUUAGAGGUAUACUUAGGGCUCGGAUGAGCCGGAGGAGGACAAGCUGACGCCUCAUCUGUGCG